AUGUCUGCUCCCAUGGAGGCAAGCGCCACUGCUGAAGUGGAUGAAAAGUUGUAUUCCCGUCAAUUGUACGUCAUGGGCCAUGAAGCCCAACGUAGAAUGAUGGCGUCCAAGGCCUUGAUGGUCGGUUGCUCUGGAUUGGGAGUGGAAGUCGCCAAGAAUUGUAUUCUUGCUGGCCUUAAUUCCAUUGUCAUUGUCGACCCCCUUCCAGCCAAUUCGUACGAUUUGGGAGGCAACUUUUAUCUAUCUGUUGAUGAUUUGGGCAAGCCACGUGCCGAUCUGUGCAAGGACAAACUUGCCGAGUUGAAUCCCUAUGUUGAUGUCUCGGUGGAUUCCAACAUUACUGAAUUGACCGCGGAACAACUCUUGCCCGCCUUGGACUCUGGAAUUUCUUGUCUGGUCAUCACCAUUCCUCUCGCCAAGGAUCUCCUCAUUACACUCAACAACAAGUGCCGUGAGGUUGGAGCCAGCUUUGUGUAUUCGACGACCCCAGGUGCUUUUGGACAAGUCUUUUGCGAUUUUGGACCUGCCUUUGUCUGCAGCGACAAGGACGGAAACCCUCCCGCCACUUCCCAAAUUGAAUCCAUCUUUCAAGAGGGUAAAAAUGUCACCGUCAAGGUCUUGGAGGACCACGGGCGCCACGGAUUGGAAUCAGGAGAUGCCAUUACUUUCGCUCGCUUGAAAGGAUGUGAUGGCCUUGAAACAGGCAAAAACUACACGGUUCAUGUGACGGGUCCAUUUACCUUUGAAAUUGAAGGGGCCACGGUGAAAGAUUCGCCUAAUCAACAGGGAUACAUUACACAAGUCAAACAGCCAGUCACCAUGUCGUUCGAGACUUAUGAAAAGCGCUUGUCGGAUCCUGGGGAAAUGAUGAUGUCCGAUUUUGCCAAGUUUGAUCGACCCGCUUUGCUGCACAGUGCCUUUCAAGCUUUGGGAGAAUUUCUUGCUGGUAAUGGUGGCGAACUACCAACCCCUGGAAAUGCCGACCACGCGGCCAAGGUCUUGGAACUCACCAAGGCCAAGUCUUCCGACGAGCUCACUGCCGCUCAAGAGCGUAUUGUCUUGCAACUGGCUUCGGGAUCCAAGGCUGUCUUGUCUCCCAUGUGUGCUGCUCUUGGAGGUAUUGUCGGACAAGAAGUUCUCAAAGCCUGCAGUGGAAAAUUUGCCCCCAUUAAUGGAUUCUUCUUCUUUGAUGCCGAUGAAUCUCUUCCCGAUGAGCUCCUCCCUGCCGAUCAAGUCGCACCAGAAAACUCUCGUUAUGAUUCUCAAAUUGCAUGCUACGGAAAGGACAUGCAAGCCAAGAUUUUGGAUCUCAAUUAUUUCAUUAUUGGCGCCGGAGCGAUCGGUUGCGAGAUGCUCAAGAACUGGGCUUUGAUGGGUGUCGGGUGUGGUGCCAAUGGACACGUCCACGUUACCGAUAUGGACCGCAUUGAAAAGUCCAACUUGUCGCGUCAGUUCUUGUUCCGUAAUACGGAUAUUAAUCAUUUCAAGUCCUCAACUGCAGCCAACGCAGUCAAGGCAAUGAACAGUGACAUGAACAUUACUCCAUACCAAGAAAAGGUUGCUUCUGAUACCGAACAUUUGUUUGGAGAUGACUUUUAUGACAAGCUUUCCGGUGUUUGUACCGCUUUGGAUAAUGUUGAGGCAAGAUUGUACGUCGAUCAACGAUGUGUGUUUUACCGCCUGCCCAUGUUGGAGAGUGGAACACUUGGAACCAAGGGUAACACCCAAAUCGUGGUCCCUCAUUUGACAGAAAACUAUGGUGCCACUCGUGAUCCUCCGGAAAAGUCUAUUCCUGUCUGCACACUGAAGAAUUUCCCUAACCAAAUUCAACACACGUUGCAAUGGGCUCGUGAUUGGUUCGAGGGAGAGUUCAAGCAAGCUGCAGAGGAAGUCAAUAGCUACUUGGGACAACCAGCCGAGCAAUAUCUCGCCACUUUGCAGCCAAACACCAAGACGGAAACUCUCCAGAAGAUUCGCAAGACGUUGGUCGAUGAACGUCCUGUGACCUUCGAAGACUGCGUGGGUUGGGCACGUCUUACCUUUGAAACUUUGUUCAACAACCAAAUCCGUCAACUGUUGCACAACUUCCCAGAAGACCAAGUCACAUCCAGUGGCGCCAAAUUCUGGUCUGGAACCAAGCGUUGUCCCAAGCCUUUGACCUUUGACUUGGAACAUAAGUGCGAAGAUGCCGAAAUGUUCAACCACUUGGAUUUCGUCGUUGCAGCUGCCAACUUGCGUGCCACCAUGUAUGGCAUCAAGGGACGCACCGAUAAGGCAUACUUUGAAGAAACUUUGAAGGAUGUCAUCGUCCCUGACUUUUCGCCUGUCGAGGGUGUCAAGAUCGCCGCCAAUGAUGAAGAAGAAAAGGCCAACAACGAGAUGGAUACUGGCGAUAGCGAAGCUGAUCAACUGUGGGACUCGCUUCCAAAGCAAGCCGACUUGGCUGGCUUCAAGUUGCAACCCAUUGAUUUUGACAAGGAUAUUGAUGACCACAUGCUUUUCGUGACAGCAUGUUCCAACUUGCGUGCUAACAACUACUCUAUCCCUACCGAAGAUACCCACCGAUCCCGUGCCAUUGCCGGACGUAUCAUCCCCGCCAUUGCCACCACCACAGCUCUAGUGACUGGUUUGGUUUGCUUUGAAUUGUACAAGAUUGUUGGUACUCCUCGCAAGAAACUGACCAUCGAGGCCUACAAGAAUGCUUUCUGUAACUUGGCCAUUCCAUUCAUGACUCUUAGUGAGCCAACACCACCCGCCAAGACCAAGUGUAUGCUGAAGGGAAAGGAGUGGAACUGGACUGCUUGGGACUCUUUGGAUGUGAACUUGGGCGACGUUACCAUGGGAGAGUUCAUGGAUUAUUUUGAAAGUGAAUACAACCUCGAGAUUUCCAUGCUUUCUCACGGAGUUUCCAUCUUGUACUCUUUCUUUGCCAACAAGCAAAAGGUUGCAGAACGCAAGGCCAUGAAGAUGACAGAAGUCAUUACCAGUAUCACCAAGAAGGAGUUCCCACCGAACCAACUGUUCAUCAUUCUGGAGGUAAUUGCCAACGAGAAAGAAACCGACGAAGAAUGCGAUCUUCCCUACAUCAAGUUCCGUUUCAGAUAG